AUGCCUGGACAAGCUUAUGCAGCAGCAACCAGCAGUAGUGGCCCUAGUGAGCAAGGUUCAGACAACCCUAGUGGAGACAAUGAGCACACCUACAAACCAAGCAACACAACAACAUUAAGGCUCACUACUGAUGACUGCAACAGGCUGAUGAUGUUACUGCAACAAACUGCUGGGAAUCACCAGUCACAACCUGCCAUUCAGCCACAAGCACACUAUGUGUCAAGGCACUUGACUCCCAUGCCAAACAAUGCAGGCCCUUCCUUCACAGAAGAGGAUUGGUUUUGCAAGAGAGGUUAA